AUUUACCCAAUUUUUUCCCAAAGAAAACAAAAUAUAAAUUGUUUUAUAAAUGGAAAAGUUCCCAUUUGAAAACUAUGACUUAGUGAAACGCGUACUUCUGCUAAUGGGGCAGUGAUUGUAUAGUAAACCUAAGAUAAGUCAUAGCGAACAAAUAAACAAAACUAAAAUGAAAAGACCGAGAAUGAGAUGUUGACAUUCGAUGCCGGUAAAUCUUAAGUGGUAUACGGAAACUGAGAAAUUUUUUGGUAAUUCUUGUUGUUUUUAAAUUUUACAAUAAAAAAGAUUGCAGGAUAUGUUUGAAAAAAAAAAAGUAAUGGUGGUUUGAUUACUAUUCUGUGAUAUUAUUUGUCUGCAUUUCUAUUCUACACAUACUCUGAAAAUGAUAUAACAGAUUUCUGUUAAAAGGGGAGGAUCUUAUUUCACCAUGUGCUCGUUAAACGGCGAUUUUAUUGACAUUUUGGAAGAUCGUAGGAGAACUAGUGACAUAGGAUGGGCUUUAAAAACUUGGAAUGUUCCUCCAUGUAGAUAUUCCUUAAGACGAACGCCGGAGGAUAUUAAAAAGCAUGUAUUAUCCAGUGAAAAGAUUAAAUCCGUUAUAAAACAAGUAAGUAAUGAAAAAGGAUGCACUGAAGAAGAAAUUGAAGAGGAAGCAAGAAAUAUCAUUGAUGAAAUGGCUCACAAUUUUCAGUUUCGAGUCAUUAGAUUUUUUGGCUAUGUACUCUCAAAAUUUAUGAAAAGUGUUUAUGGACGAAUUUUUGUCAACAAGAAAGGAAUGGAAAAGAUUGCAAAUAUAUCAAAUCAGUAUCCAAUAUUAUUUUUACCUACUCAUCGAAGUUAUGCUGAUUUCUUGCUGGUUUCCUACGUAUGCUUUUAUUUCAAUUUACCUCUUCCUGUUAUCGCUGCUGGGCUUGACUUUUUGGGCCUGAAGUUCCUUAGCUUUUUACUUAGAGGUGCUGGUGCAUUUUUCAUACGCCGAUCCUUUGUUGGAGACCGCCUUUACCGUGAACUAUUUUCUGAGUAUGUACAAACUCACAUUGAAGGUUGUGAAUUUCCAAUUGAAUUCUUCAUUGAAGGAACUCGUAGUAGAUCUGCUAAAUCACUAGUGCCAAAAUUGGGAAUGAUGCAAGUUAUUCUUGACAUGUAUUUUUCAUCUAAAGUACCUGACAUUAUUAUAAUACCAAUCAGCAUAAGUUAUGAUCGGACUUUAGAAGAAAUGUUGUAUGCAUAUGAAUUGUUGGGAGUACCAAAACCAAAAGAAUCUACAAAGGGCUUAAUAAAAGCUCGUAAAGUUAUGUCGGAUUUCUAUGGUGAUGUGUACGUCAGAUUUGGUGAACAGAUAUCUUUGAGGGAUUACUUUAGAAGUUAUGAUAGAAGUGUUCACAAUCUUCAUCCUAGAGAUUUGUCUGUUAUUUAUGAAAAAGAACAUCUGCUAUGCCGAGAUUUGGCUAACCAUGUAAUACGAAUGCAUCAGUGCAAUCUUCUUUUAUCACCCUUUCCACUCAUGUGUCUUGUAAUUAGCCAACCCACUACUGCAAGAACAGGAGUUCAUAUCGAUGUUCUUUCAGAUUAUGUGUAUUGGUUAGAUGAAUUAAUUAAAAGAUCUGGAGCUACAAUAUGUGCCACUGGUGAAACGCUUACUGAAAGUUUGAUUCAAAAUAUCCAGUGCCAUUCAAAUAUUGUUGAGAUGAAUAGUAACUUGCUAGUCUCAUUCAAAGAUGUUCUUGUACAGAGUUCUGCUUCCACUGUACCAAGGCUGAAUGACAACACUGUGAGAUAUGCUAUACCUGCUAUGUUAGGUUACCAUUAUGGAAAUCAAGCACUUCAACUCUUGGUUCAUGUUAGCAUGAUCUCUCUUGCUAUGACAUGUAGUGGAUCUGUUAUAUCUUCGCAAGAGAGUGUAUUUCAUCGUUACAAGACUCUAAGAAAAUUGCUUCAGAGAGAAUUUGUAUUUGAAAGAGAAACAGAUGAAAAGGAUUUUAUGCAUGCUCUUCGAUCAUUGAAAGAAGAAAAUAUCAUUUCUGUUGAAGAUUCAAGUUUGGCACCACUUUCAUCUGCUACUGAUAAAUUUGAAUUUUUAAGCUCACUGCUUUUAACAUUUCUUGAAAGCUAUUAUAUAAUUUGUCAAUAUCUAGCUCAGAGUGAUCAAGAACACCAUCCACCUGUUAAAAAGUUGUCACUUCAGUGUCAAAGUUAUAUUGAAAAUGCUCUGUUGCAAGGUUCUUUGUCAGACUAUCGCUGUCUAUCUUUGGAUAUUGUAAAUAACUGCUUAACUUAUCUAGUCAAUCAAGGAGCUUUGCUUUCAAUUUCCAAAGAUGGUCAGUCUGUAAUGUUUCUGAAUUUCCCCAAAAUCACAAAUAUUUUAUUAGAUUUAGAGGUGUUUUUGCCUGCUUUUUCAAGAAAUAAUCAGAAUGGUCGAUUAUCAUUACCAGCAGCUAAACUAUAAAGAUAUUUCAGGAUCUUCAAAUCUUUGUAAACUGCUCUCUUUUAGCGAACUUAUUUACUUAUUUUUAGAAUUGUGAUAUUUGCAAGAAGAAGCAAAAGUGUUUUCUGUUUAGUUCAAAUUUUGAGUUGCCUCUCCUUAUUUUCUAAAAAAUCAGUUCAUGAGCAUUUACUUUCUGAAUUGUCAAAUGAAUUAUUUACAUCUGCAUUUAUAUAUAAAUGUUUAUUAUUCCCAUAUUUGUAUUAGUAUUUAUUAGUAAAAUAAUUAUUUAUUUAUAAGUUAGAUAAUUGACAUUCGAAUAGAUUGUUAGAAAUGCCUUUAAAAUUUCAUUUUAUCCCAUUAUAGUAAAAUAUUUGAAAUUUUACAUGAACUCGAACAUUUUACUGUAAUCAUGCAAAAUUAUUGUUCAUAUGCAAAUAUAGGCAGUAAUUUUUUAGAAAAGACAAAAGUUAUUACUGCCACUAGCAAUAAUCAUAAUUUUUUAAUUAAUAUAGUUUCAUAUAAUGAUAAUAAAAAAAAGUUUUAUAGCUUUUGUGGUUGAUUUUUGAAAGAAAGAUUAUUACUGUGUGUAGAGCUACUUAGAAUUUUUGUAUGUAUUUGUGACUAAUUAUAUCAAGUUUUUACCUUUCUACCGGUGUUAACAUAUAUUCCCUGUGUUUUGCAGACUUAUAAAACGUUAUUUCGAAAUUCAUUUAAAAAUAUUUUUCAGCACAAUUUAUGGUUGUAUUUUCUAGCUCAUCCUAUUGUUGAAGUUUUUUUUAUUGGUAUAUAUUAAUCAUGUUGUCAUUCAAAGUGCAUUUUAUUAUUUAUUUUUUCAAAAAUUAAUUUAUUUUACACUUAAGUUAUCAAAGUAUUUUUGUUUUCACUAUGAGUUUAUUUUUAUUUUUUGAGUUUAUAUCUCUAUAAAUAUUAUUUUCAUGGAAAAUGAAUCUUUAAACUUAAGUUUUCUUGUAAUCCAUACAUGUGUAUAAAAAAAAAAGUCAUAAAAUUUGAAAUAUCCAGAACAAAAUGAAAUAUGAUUGAC